AUUAGGGGGCUCUGAUUUUAGACAGAAACAAAAAAAAACCCCACACCACACUAAACAGUAACAUGUGGCCAAGGCCAGGCUCUCCGCCACACUGCGCCGGUCAUAGGCGCCCCUCAGGCUGCCGCGCCCCACCCCUGCCCCCUCACGCAGGAGCUGCAGCGGGCACCAGGAGCGACACCGGCCCCAGCGCCCGUUCGCUGCUGCGACGGGUGGACGGGCCAGCGAGCGCCUGCUGCUCCCAGCCCCAGCAGUAUCCGGUGCGGCAAGGAAGCUGCUUUGGUUCCGCCACCCCCUCCAAGCGGCCCUUCCAGCCGCCAUGGCCCGGCGGCGCUGUCCCCUCCCGGCUGUUGCUCCUCCUCCUCCCCGCUCUGUCCCAGGGCGCAGGAGUGACAUCACGCCCAGGGUUUCCAUCCGACUAAGAGAGGAGGAGGUUGAGCGGAGUAGCAGCGUGAUGGCGGUGAUCGGGAGGACUUAAGAAACAGCGGCGGAGCAACACGGCACCUACUUCUUAGGCUUUUCCCUUCCCGGUUUGGGGUCCUAUUGUUACAGCCGGUAGGGGCUGCAGGCGAGCCUGCCGCGUGGGGCUGUAAGGAACCGGCGGCCCAGGCCCUGUGGGGGCUGCAGGAGAGCCUCCGAUCCUAGGUUGCAGCACAGACCUCUUCGUGGGGUGAGGCGCCGUCUCGGACCAGGGCAGCUCUAGGGAGGCCGGGCCGGGCGCACACGCGCAGAUAAUUUGGGAAAAAUCUUCAAUACCUGCAGAGAACAGUUGAGUAAACAAGUCACCUGGAAAAGAGUACCAAGAAGUAGAUUCUUGACAUCUGCCUUCUAACCUGAGUGGACUUCUAUUUAUCUUUUAAACUUAAUAUUUACAAUGAAUGGGCACAGUGAUGAAGACGUUGUAAGAAACAGUAGUGGAGAGUCAAGCCAAUCAGAUGAUGAUUCUGGGUCAGCAUCAGCUUCUGGAUCUGGUUCAAGUUCUGGAAGCAGUAGUGAUGGAAGUAGCAGUCAAUCAGGUAGCAGUGACUCUGAGUCUGGUUCAGAGUCAGGCAGUCAAUCAGAGUCUGACACAUCUAGAGAGAAGAAACAAGUUCAAGCUAAACCACCACCAAAAGUUGAUGGAUCCAAGUUUUGGAAGUCCAGUCCAAGUAUACUUGCUGUGCAGAGAUCAGCAUUGCUCAAGAAGCAACAACAGCAGAAGGCAGCCUCAUCAGACAGUGGUUCAGAAGAGGAUUCAUCAAGCAGUGAAGAUUCUGCAGAUGACUCUUCCAGUGAUACCAAGAAGAAAAAACAUAGAGAUGAAGACUGGCAAAUGUCUGGGUCAGGGUCAGUAUCAGGAACUGGUUCUGAUUCUGAAUCAGAGGAAGCUAGAGAGAAAAGCAGUUGUGAAGAUAGUGAAUCUGACUAUGAGCCAAAAAACAAGGUCAAAAGCCGGAAACCUCCAAGCAGAAUUGAGCCAAAAAGCAGCAAAAAGAUUGCAGGACAGAAAAAGAGGCAGCUUGAUUCAUCGGAUGAUGACGACUAUGACAAGAGAGGAUCUCGCCGCCAGGCAACAGUCAAUGUUAGUUAUAAAGAAGCUGAAGAAACCAAGACAGAUUCUGAUGAUUUGUUGGAAGUUUGUGGAGAAGAUGUCCCACAGCCUGAAGAAGAUGAAUUUGAAACUAUAGAGAAGUUUAUGGAUAGUCGAAUUGGCCGAAAAGGAGCCACUGGUGCUGCAACCACAAUCUAUGCAGUUGAGGCAGAUGGUGACCCAAAUACUGGGUUUGAAAAGUCAAAGGAGCUAGGAGAAGUACAGUAUCUUAUUAAAUGGAAAGGCUGGUCACACAUCCAUAAUACUUGGGAAACUGAGGAAACACUGAAGCAACAAAAUGUUAAAGGAAUGAAGAAACUGGACAACUAUAAGAAAAAGGAUCAGGAAACAAAACGAUGGCUGAAAAAUGCUUCUCCAGAAGACGUGGAAUAUUAUAACUGCCAGCAGGAACUUACAGAUGAUCUACAUAAACAGUAUCAAAUAGUGGAAAGGAUAAUUGCUCAUUCAAAUCAGAAAUCAGCAGCUGGUUAUCCAGAUUACUAUUGCAAAUGGCAGGGUCUACCUUACUCAGAAUGUAGCUGGGAAGACGGUGCUCUCAUUGCCAAAAAAUUUCAGGUGUGCAUUGAUGAGUAUUUUAGCAGAAAUCAAUCUAAGACCACUCCAUUUAAGGACUGCAAGAUUCUAAAACAGAGGCCAAGGUUUGUUGCACUAAAAAAGCAACCAUCUUAUAUUGGAGGACAUGAGAAUUUAGAGUUAAGAGAUUAUCAGUUAAAUGGACUGAAUUGGCUUGCUCACUCAUGGUGCAAAGGGAAUAGUUGUAUUCUUGCAGAUGAAAUGGGUCUGGGUAAAACAAUACAAACAAUUUCUUUUCUGAACUACCUGUUUCACGAACAUCAACUGUAUGGGCCUUUCUUGCUAGUCGUGCCACUUUCUACCUUGACAUCUUGGCAAAGAGAGAUUCAAACCUGGGCUCCUCAGAUGAAUGCUGUGGUUUACUUAGGAGAUAUAACUAGCAGGAAUAUGAUAAGAACUCAUGAAUGGAUACAUCCACAGACGAAGCGAUUAAAAUUUAAUAUACUUCUAACUACUUAUGAAAUUUUGCUGAAGGAUAAGUCAUUCCUUGGUGGUCUGAAUUGGGUAUUUAUAGGAGUUGACGAAGCUCAUCGUUUAAAAAAUGAUGAUUCCCUUCUGUACAAGACUUUAAUAGACUUUAAGUCUAAUCAUCGUCUUCUUAUUACUGGAACCCCUCUGCAAAAUUCCCUCAAAGAGCUUUGGUCUUUGCUGCACUUCAUCAUGCCAGAAAAGUUUUCUUCCUGGGAAGAUUUUGAAGAGGAGCAUGGCAAAGGGAGAGAGUUUGGUUAUGCAAGUCUUCACAAAGAACUUGAACCAUUUCUACUCAGAAGAGUUAAAAAAGAUGUAGAAAAGUCUUUACCUGCUAAGGUUGAACAAAUUUUGAGGAUGGAAAUGAGUGCAUUGCAGAAACAAUAUUACAAGUGGAUUUUAACCAGGAAUUACAAAGCCCUGAGUAAAGGUUCAAAAGGCAGUACCUCAGGCUUUUUGAACAUCAUGAUGGAACUCAAGAAGUGUUGUAACCAUUGCUACCUCAUUAAACCACCGGAUGAUAAUGAAUUCUAUAAUAAACAGGAGGCCUUACAGCAUUUAAUACGUAGCAGUGGGAAACUGAUCCUUCUUGACAAGCUACUGAUUCGUUUACGAGAACGUGGCAACAGAGUACUGAUUUUCUCUCAGAUGGUAAGGAUGCUAGACAUCCUAGCAGAGUAUUUGAAGUAUCGUCAGUUUCCCUUUCAGAGACUUGAUGGAUCAAUAAAAGGGGAACUGAGGAAACAAGCACUGGAUCAUUUUAAUGCAGAAGGAUCAGAGGACUUCUGCUUUUUGCUGUCUACUAGAGCUGGAGGAUUAGGUAUAAACUUGGCAUCUGCUGACACUGUAGUUAUAUUUGAUUCUGACUGGAAUCCACAGAAUGAUCUGCAAGCGCAGGCUAGAGCUCAUAGGAUUGGACAGAAGAAACAGGUUAAUAUUUAUCGGCUAGUCACAAAAGGAUCAGUAGAAGAAGAUAUACUUGAAAGAGCAAAGAAAAAGAUGGUGUUAGAUCACUUAGUAAUUCAGAGAAUGGACACUACAGGGAAAACUGUGCUGCAUACAGGCUCUACUCCUUCCAGCUCAACACCGUUUAAUAAGGAAGAGUUAUCAGCAAUUUUGAAGUUUGGUGCUGAGGAACUUUUUAAAGAACCUGAAGGGGAAGAAGAGGAGCCUCAGGAAAUGGAUAUAGAUGAAAUCCUGAAGAGGGCUGAAACUCGAGAAAAUGAGCCAGGCCCACUAACUGUAGGAGAUGAGUUACUUUCACAAUUCAAGGUGGCUAACUUUUCCAAUAUGGAUGAAGAUGACAUUGAGUUGGAACCAGAACAAAAUUUAAGAAACUGGGAAGAAAUCAUUCCAGAAGUCCAGCGGCGACGAAUAGAAGAGGAGGAAAAACAAAAAGAGCUUGAAGAAAUAUAUAUGCUCCCAAGGAUGAGAAACUGUGCAAAACAGAUCAGCUUUAAUGGAAGUGAAGGGAAAUGCGGUAGGAGCAGAAGAUAUUCUGGAUCUGAUAGUGAUUCCAUCUCAGAAAGAAAACGACCAAAAAAACGUGGACGACCACGAACUAUUCCUCGAGAAAAUAUUAAAGGAUUUAGCGAUGCAGAGAUUAGGCGGUUUAUCAAGAGUUACAAAAAAUUUGGUGGCCCACUUGAAAGGUUAGAUGCUAUAGCUAGAGAUGCUGAGCUAGUUGAUAAAUCUGAGACAGACCUUAGAUGUCUGGGAGAACUUGUACAUAAUGGAUGCAUUAAGGCUUUAAAGGACAAUUCCUUUGGACAAGAAAGAGCAGGAGGUAGACUUGGGAAAGUUAAAGGCCCAACAUUCCGAAUAUCAGGAGUGCAGGUGAAUGCAAAACUAGUCAUCUCUCAUGAAGAAGAGUUGGCAGCAUUGCACAAAUCUAUUCCUUCAGAUCCAGAAGAAAGGAAAAGAUAUGUUAUCCCAUGCCACACCAAGGCAGCUCAUUUUGAUAUAGAUUGGGGUAAGGAAGAUGAUUCCAAUCUGUUAAUAGGUAUCUAUGAAUAUGGCUACGGCAGCUGGGAAAUGAUAAAAAUGGAUCCUGAUCUCAGUUUGACACAGAAGAUUUUACCUGAUGAUCCAGAUAAGAAACCCCAGGCCAAGCAGUUACAGACCCGUGCAGAUUACCUCAUUAAAUUAUUGAAUAAAGAUCUUGCAAGAAAAGAAGUGCAAAGACUUACUGGUGCAGGCAACUCAAAGAGGAGGAAAACAAGAACUAAGAAGAAUAGAGCAACAAAGGCUGCAAAAAUUAAAGAAGAAAUAAAAAGUGACUCCUCAUUACCACCCUCAGAAAAAUCUGAUGAAGAUGAUGAAGAAAAUGAGGAUGAGAUUUUUUCUGUGAAACAUCCACAUAAAAAAGUAAAAGCAGAAGAAGAAAAUGAAGAAAAGCCUGAACCAGAUAUUGGUAUAAAGAAGGAAGCUGAAGAAAAAAGAGAGAUAAAAGAAAAAGAAAAUAAGAGGGAUUUGAAAAGGGAAAAAAAAGAAAAAGAGGAUAAGAAAGAACUAAAAAAUAUUAAAGACAAGAGAGAAAAAGUAAAAGAAUCCACACAGAAAGAAAAAGAAGUAAAGGAAGAAAAGGUAAAUGAAGUCAAAUCUGAAAACAAAGAAAAAAGUAAAAAAGUUUCAUUGUUGGAUAUUCCAGUUCAUAUUACUGCAACUAGUGAACCAGUUCCUAUAUCUGAAGAAUCUGAAGAACUGGAUCAGAAGACAUUCAGUGUGUGCAAAGAAAGAAUGAGGCCUGUCAAAGCUGCAUUGAAGCAACUGGAUAGACCAGAGAAAGGCCUUUCUGAAAGGGAACAGCUGGAGCAUACUAGACAGUGCCUAAUCAAAAUUGGGGACCACAUUACUGAAUGUCUAAAGGAAUACACAAAUCCUGAACAAAUUAAACAGUGGAGAAAAAACUUGUGGAUUUUUGUCUCCAAGUUUACAGAAUUUGAUGCUAGAAAGCUGCACAAGCUGUAUAAGCAUGCAAUCAAAAAACGCCAAGAAUCUCAGCAACACAGUGACCAGAGUAUUAGCAGCAAUAUGAAUACACAUGUAAUUAGAAAUCCAGGUGAUUUUCCCACAGUUGCAUAUCCCAACAGAAAAUGCCUGGAAGGCACAAAUAUAUCUGCUGCAAGGGGAACAAUGAAGUGAACCAGAAAUCUCCUAAGAAAUCCUGGAUGCUGUCUUUCCAUUGAUAUGGGCUAUUGAAGUACCAGGAAAGGUAACAGCACACCAAUAAAGGCAGAAUUAAAACAGAACUCCAAACUGGUAAGAAGAAAAGAAGAAAAAAAAAAAAAACAAAAAAAGAAACAAUAUUCUAUGAAAAUGGAAGAAAAAAUUGGAUUAGAUACUUUGAUUUGUACCACAUGCUGUGACCUCAGUGCUGGAAAAACAAGGACAUCACUGGUUAUUGCCUAGUAGACUGACCCAAUGUCAAGCAGUAUUAUUGGAACUGGACGAUGUAAGUUUAAAGGUAACAAUCCCUUUGAAUCCUGCUACUUUGUUGUUGGUAUCUGAUGAUACAAACCUAGAGCAUGAUUGUAUAUUAACUGUUGAACAAGUCUUUUCCAGUAGGUCAGAUUUGAAGGAUGUUCCAUUGGAAAAUCAGGAGUGGACUCUACGCUGAAUGGAGAACAAUGAUCCAGAUAUGCAGUGGUAACUUUGAAGGAUAUGAUUGAAUCACAACCCUUGCCAUCAAAUGCUUAGCACAAAAGGCUGAAUUAAUUGCCUUGGCUAGAGCUUUGAAAUUGUCACAAGAUAAAUAAGCAUAUAUAUAUAUAUAUGUUUUGACUCUAAAUAUGCCUUUGGAGUGAUACAUGCACAUGGGGAAUUAUGGAAAGAGGAGUUUUAACCUCACAAGGGUCACCUAUUAAGCAUGGAUUAGAAACCUAACCUAAGGAAGUGGCCAUAAUUCAUUGUAAGGCUCACCAACCUGGACAUACUGAAGUCACACAAGGGAAUUGUAAGGCUGAUGAAACAGCAAAACGAGCAGCCCAUGAAGCAAUAAUGGGAGCCUUGAUUCCUCAAAAUGUAAUGAGAACUGAAGCGCCCAAAUACAAUGAAAAGGAGAAUGAAUUCGCUAAGAUGCUAAAAUAUAUAAGGACUUCAGACAGAUGGUAGGUAACAUCUACUGGACAGUGUUUGGUAACAGCUCCCAUUAUGUGGAAGUUGCUACAGCAGACACACGAAGGAACUCACAUGGGAGCAAGUACUAUAAUCGCAAGUGUUAGGAGAUAUGCAAUAGGGCCAAAGAUGCAAAGCUAUGCUGAUCAAAUAGUAAAAGAAUAUGCAAUAUGUUCUAAAAAUAAUCCUAAAGUGGAAUUAAGACCUCCACCUGGUGAGGUAAAGAAAGGGAACAUUCCAGGAGAAUACUGGCAGAUUGAUUUUUCUGAAUUACCAAAAUGCAAUAAUUAUAAAUACCUCUUGGUAUUGAUAGAUACCUUUUCAGGAUGGCCUGAAGUUUUCUCAUACUGGACCAACCAAGCUAGAGAGGUAACAAAGGAAUUAUUAAAUAAGAUUAUAACAAGAUUUGGAGUUCCAAGUGGGAUCUCAUCAGACAGAGGCCCACACUUUAUAGCAGAAGUAAUACAGACAAUUUCUACCCUUUUAGGAAUAAAACAGGAUUUACAUAUACCUUGGAGACCCCAGUCUAGUGGGAAAGUAGAAAGGAUAAAUAGUUUUUUAAAGAAAUAAUUGGCUAAAUUGUAUCAAGAAACUCAUUUAAAAUGGAUAGAUGUUUUACUUACCGAUUUAAUGAGAAUCAGAAUCACCCCAAAAGUUAGGAAAAGGUGAACUCAUUUGAAAUAUUAUACGGAAGACCAUAUGCUGUAAAUUUAACAGGAAAGGAAGACCAAAUGCUUACUUCUGGUGAUUGGGUGCUAACUGAAUAUAUAUUGUCUUUGGGAAAGACUCUUUCCUCAUUGUACAGGUAUAUUCAACAGAGAGCACCUGUACCAUUGGACAUGCCGGUGCAUCCUUUCCAACCUGGAGAUUGAGUGUAUCUUUGAACUUGGAAGGAUGAGCCUUUGGAGGAGUGGUGGAAAGGACCAUAUUUAGUAUUACUGAUAAAUAAUACUGCAGUAAAACUUCAAGAAACUGAUUCUUGGAUCUAUUACACUAGGAUUUAAAGGAGUCCUGAAAUAAAGUGGAAAUCAGAAUAAGCGGCUCUUCUGAAACUAAAAAUCAAGAUAUUUUAAUGAACUGUUCUUGGGCUGAAAUAAGACCCUAUAUAGAAUUGAAGUAUAUCCAGGGAGGUUUGAGUUUGUUAAUAUGAUUUCUUUGCAGAUACUUGUUUAAACUUGUUUUACAGAUGUAUAAGAUUUUGCCUGGUAUGUGGUAUGAUAAAUUCUCAAAUUCGGUGAGAUCAGGAGGACUCAUGGACACAGAAUACUCAUUUGAAAAUGGUGGAAAGAUCAAUGAAGGUUGUUAAUAAGACCGAGUGUUGGGUAUGUACCCAUUUCCCUGAAUACAUUCAUAAAGGCAUUCCUCUAGUUGGUAUCCCUAUUCCAUUUGGGACUAAUUGGAAUAACUUGUGGGUAACACCAAAAUACACUAAUUGGAAUGAGACUGACCUCCAAACUUGGACAAUAUUGGAUCCACACUUGUCCAACGUGAAGUGUGUUACUACAAAUAAAACCAAGACACACACAAAUAGAGCUUGGGUAUUUGUGGGGCACUACCCACAUUGUGAUUGGUCAAUGCAGCCGAUGAACCCGUCAGAAUUAACUAUGAGUAAGUACUGGAAUGUUUCAUUGGGGACUGGGUGAUAUUGGAUAUGUGGCAGCA